AUGACCACACAGGACAUCCUCCCACUCGUACCCGCGACACUCCCCGUCGUCGUACUCGACUGCCUCCUCCGCUCUCUCACCCACACCAACCCAACCCGCCGCCGAUCAGCCCUCGUCCUCUUUGUCCUCCUCCUGAUCCUCUCUUCCCGCUCGCUCUUCUCCCUCCAUGCGCGCCUGAACCCGCCCAUCGUCACCCAACCCUCGCCCUACGACCUCGAAGACUCCCUCGCGCGAACCUACGUCCCCUCCGCUCCAACAGCCCAGCAACAAGCGAACCACGCGCGCCUCUCGUCGCUCAUCUCGUUCCGCAAAUCAGCCUACUCGCACACGCGAUUCACCCGCUCUGCACUCAGGGGCGAUGGCUCACCCGUCGUGGGCGUCACGGCGGUUGUGUUGCAUUGGAAGCGCAGGAGGGGGCUCGAGUUGGUCUUGAGGCAUAUCGCAAGGUAUCCGUUCAUUCGGGAGAUUAUCGUGUGGAACAACAGGCCUGGGGUCGACUUGACCAAGGAGGACUUUCCGAUUCUCCCUCCGCCCGACUCGACCCUCCCGCCCGCCUCGUUGCGGAUAGUCAACUCCCCCUCGAACGUCCACGACGCAGGCAAACACCUCGCUUGCUCGAUGGCGACCUACUCGCACUGCUACUUCAACGACGACGACUGGCUCAACGUGUACAUGGACACGACGUAUUCCAAGUAUUUGGAGUGUUGUGCGGGACAGGGCGUAACGGGCGGAAGCGAGGGAGGGAGGAUUUCGAGCAACACGCUGCCGAUCAUCCACCUCGAGCACCGGCGAUGGCGGUUCGCGAACCCCGACAUCGACCUCCACACGGGCUUCACCUGGCUCGGCACCGGCUCCUUCGCCCCUCGCUCCCUCUCGACCCGCUUCCUAACCCAACAAUCCGUCUCCCCCGUCCCCCUCUCGCGCGGCCAGUCCCUGACAGUCGACAUGUUUUUCUCGCUGUGGGCGAAUACCUACCCGGAGCAGAUGCCGAAUGAGCUCGUGGCUGUUGAUGUCGAGGGAGGAGAGGUGGGGUGGAGUAGAGGAGAGGGAGUGGAUCAGUGGGCUGUCGUCUACUCAAAUAUCCGCACCGCCCUCCGCACCCUUUCCCUCACACUCUCACUCUCCACCACCUCCUCUUCUCACCCCUUGACACCCCACCCCUUCCCCCUCGCUCCACCCCCAGCCGAGUCCCUAACCCGCGCACCAUGCGCCAACGACGCCUGCUUGUUCGUCACCAGUCUCACGCCCUUCCCAGGGCCAGAAGAGCUGGCGGAGUCGUAUGCGGAGACGCGCGCGGGAGAAUGGGAGCGCAGGGGGUGGUUCGCGCGAGGGAAGGGGGACGAGGAAGCCGGGGAGUUUGAGCGGGUUAUGCGAAGGUUGGGAGUCGAGCGCCAGAGCGGACGGGACGAGCGGAGUGUGUUUGACCCCCUCGCGCGGGGGUGGAGCGUGAAGGAACAUGAGGCGCGAUUUAACGCGCUUGGAGCAGGAGGAGGAGGAGGGAGGGUUGGGUUCCCGGAUGAGCAGUGGUGGGUCAGGAACGGGAGUUGGCAUCUUGCGGUUGAUGGGAGGGGGACGGAGACGUGUUGGGAGAGUUUCAGGCCCCCCGAAGCAGACGACCACUUUGGCCUGACGCUCGUCACGCCACGCGUCGUCAAGGACCUCACGCUGACCGGCUCGCUGGACUUGGCGAAUGUGGUUGGGUGGGAAGACGUGACGAGCGGGAGCGAGAGUUGGGAGGUGUUUUGUGUCAGAGGGGAUGGGACGGGUGGAUGGGAACCGCGCUCGCUUCUCUCGGCACCUCGGAUCGUCCCCCUCGACGCUUCCACCCUCUCCGUGACCAUCUCGCUCGAACCGAUUCUCACGCCCACGACCUACGCCCUCGAAAACGAAGGCAACAUCGAAGUUGACGAAGAGGGGCGCGAGGUGGCGAUUCGCAAGAUCAAGCUUCACCGCGCACCGCCUCGUCCUCGUCUCGCUCGCUCCUCUUUUGCUCUCCUCUCGUCCACAUCGCUCAUCGCCAUGCUCGCACGCACUGCCAUCGCACUCACCGCCGCACUCGCAGCCACAGGCGCACACGCUCAGUCCGCGUCGUCGCUCCUGAACGGCCUCUCGUCUCAGUGCACCUCCGCCGCAACCUCCCUCCUCGGCAGCGACUUUGCCUCCUGCUCGCAACUGAGCGGGCUCCUGUCCGUGGUGACUGCAUCAGGCAGCGUCGUCGACCCGAUCAACAACUGGCUUGGAUCGGUCUGCUCGGCAUCCAACUGCUCGACUGCCGCGAUUCAGAACGCCACAAGCGUCAUUGACAACGGCUGUUCGAGCGAGUUGAGCUCCGGUCAGGCCAUUGUGACGACCGCCCGCGCCGUCGUCGCCAACUUCAACGCCGUCAAGGAGGGCAUCUGCCUCCAGUACAGCUCGAACAGCACCUUCUGCAUCACCUCGCUCCUUCAGAACGUCCAGUCCGCGACCGGCCAGCAAAUCUCCCUCUCGACCCUCACCUCCCUCAGCGCCAGCACGCUCCAGUCCAUCCCGUCCUCGUCAGUCUGCACCGACUGCGCCCACGGACUCGUCACCAAGCUCGGGUCGGCCUUGUCGAACGGCACGUCGUCCUCGACCGAAUCGUCCGUCUUUGGCGCCAUCUCGUCGUACUGCGGAUCGAGCUUUGCGGACGGCCAGGUUCCGUCAACGCUCAAGGAGGCCAGUUCGUCAAACAGCUCGUCGAGCGGAAACUCGGCUGUCGACUCAAAGUCGCUCAGCGGGGCUGUCUCGCUCGGCGCUGGAUCGUGGAAGGCUGCGGGCGCGGCGCUCGCCGGCGUUGCGGGCCUCGUUGCGCUUGCUUGA